UCCGGCGCGGCGCUGCUUCGCCCAGGAGGCGGCGGCCCCGGCUGGUCGUGGGGCUUGUGGAUUUUUAAAAAUUUGGCUACGAGGAGGACCAUUUCCUCUCGACAUGCAUCCCUCCGGAUAAACUGAACAUCCCUCCGUCCACCCCCCGCCCCGCGCGGCCAGAGGCAGGCGCUGAGUGUGCGAAGAGGAUCCGGGUUGAAAUCUGCGCCCCCGGUUCUCGUCCCCGCCCCGUCCCACCGCCCCAUCCCCCUCCCGGAGUCGAAAUUUCCCGGGAUUAUGUUUCGGAAAGGAACCAGGCGAGGAAAUACAUGCACUGGCUGAGACUCGCCCGCGCCAGGGCGCAACGCCACAAGGUGUAGGGAGUGUGUGGGGUGGGGCGAAAGGGGACCCAAGAGUCCCCUGUGGCUCGGAGUGCCGGGCCGUCGGUUCUUCAUUCCUGCCCUCGGGGCAGACGGAGUGACCCCGGCCCCCACUCCCCGCCCCGACCAUGGUAGUGUUCAAUGGCCUUCUUAAGAUCAAAAUCUGCGAGGCCGUGAGCUUGAAGCCCACAGCCUGGUCGCUGCGCCAUGCGGUGGGACCCCGGCCGCAGACUUUCCUUCUCGACCCCUACAUUGCUCUCAAUGUGGACGACUCGCGCAUUGGCCAAACGGCCACCAAGCAGAAGACCAACAGCCCGGCCUGGCACGACGAGUUCGUCACCGAUGUGUGCAACGGGCGCAAGAUCGAGCUGGCUGUCUUUCACGAUGCCCCCAUAGGCUACGACGACUUCGUGGCCAACUGCACCAUCCAGUUUGAGGAGCUGCUGCAGAACGGGAGCCGCCACUUCGAGGACUGGAUUGAUCUGGAGCCAGAAGGAAGAGUGUAUGUGAUCAUCGAUCUCUCAGGGUCGUCGGGUGAAGUGAAAAUACCUAACUCUGCAGUCUGUGAAAGGGAAAGAGUUGAAAUGAGGCACAGCUGAAGUUUCACCACUCCAUUAUUCUGCCAUCAAGCAUCCCUUCAGCUCUCAUCUCUCAAAUGCUGCAGCCCCAUCAAUGGAAAAAAAUACAUUCAUGGGAAUUGCACAAAGUUUACAACACAUGCAAAUUCCAAGGAACUCAGAGAGAGGUGUGGGGGUGAGAUGGUGUGACUACACCCCCUUCUUCUAGGAUGCGCUGAAGGAUUCUUUUCCUUGCUCACAUGCUGUUAGAAAGCUUGGGCGUUUACGUCUGCUAGAGCUGGAGCUAAUGUGAUUUCUAACUGUCUAAUAAAAUUCCACUGCUUGCA